AUGAGGAACCCAUCGUCGUCGUCAUCGCCAACAGCAAAGGCAGGAGGUGGGUCUGGGUCGGCGACGGUCACUGCAGGCAAGUCGACGACCACGACUCCGUGCUGCAGCAAGGUGGGGCUGAAGAGAGGGCCGUGGACGCCGGAGGAGGAUGAGCUUCUGGCCAAUUACAUCAAGAAGGAAGGUGAGGGCCGGUGGCGGACCCUUCCCAAGCGAGCCGGGCUGCUACGCUGCGGCAAGAGCUGCCGCCUCCGCUGGAUGAACUAUCUUCGACCAUCCGUCAAGCGCGGCCAGAUCGCCCCCGACGAAGAAGAUCUCAUUCUUCGCCUUCACCGUCUCCUCGGCAACCGGUGGUCGUUGAUAGCUGGGAGAAUUCCUGGACGUACAGACAAUGAGAUAAAGAAUUACUGGAACACUCACCUCAGCAAGAAGUUGAUCAGCCAAGGCAUAGAUCCAAGAACCCACAAGCCUUUGAACCCCGACUCCUCCGGCGCCGCCAAUGCCAAUAAAGCUUCUUCAUCAAAAACCAAUCGCAAUAUCCCAAACCCUAACCCUAAUAUUCCCGCUUCUCCAGUUGUUACAGAAGAGCUGACUCCUGAUAGUGACAGUGGAAUAAUCCCCAUCAAGGAAAAUAUUGGAUACUUCCAAAGUUCUAAUUUGGAUGAUCAUCAGUUACUCCAUGGCUAUACGGCUUUGCCAAACUCUGAUGGUAAUUCUGGGAUGGGUUUGAGAGGCAAUUACAAUAAUGGCCCCAGCAGCACUGAAGAAGAAGAUGACAUGAAUUACUGCUCCGAUGAUGUUUUCUCUUCGUUCCUCAACUCAUUGAUCAAUGAUGAUGCCUUCGCUGCCCAACACCACCAACUGCAACAACAUCCUAGUACUGGGAUUGCACCGGUGUCGUCUGACCCUUUGAUUUCCAUCGCUACUUCGAGUUUUGGCGGCCUCGGGGCAGGCUGGGAAUCUGCAAUCAUGUCUUCCACUUUCAACCAAAAUGACCCUAAGAGGGCUAAUAAUCGAGUUGAAUAGAAUUUCCAUGUUGCUUGCAUUGGAUAUGAAAAUAUAUGCAUGCAGUUGGAUAUAUAGUUAAUGAAAAGUCUAGGGUUUGUCCUAUUUUCAUUUUAUGUAUGUUUGUCUAUUCUUAUUCCACAGCUUAUUUUCGUGGCUGUUGUACGUGUGUGGUGAUGUACUGUUGUUAUUGUAGGCAAAGCACAGACUGAGUACAGUACUUGUAAUAAUGUUAUAGAUUGCAUCUGAAUGAGUUUUCAGUUUGUUAGUAUAUAUAUUUUCAUUUCACAA